CUGCACAGGAGCUUUUGGUUGUACGGCAUGGCAUAGAAAUGGACCUUGAUGCGCCUGCUCCAGCCGAGGCGUCCAGAUUCAGCCCAGCUGAUCGUAUCGCAGAAUUGAACGAGAUCGAUACGUCCAUCGCAACGUUACUAUCUGCUGCCUCUGAAGCAAUCGGUAUCCUCUCGAAUCAGCCUACUUCUGAGGCACAGGCAAAAGCUCUUCAGAACCCCGAGGCGGCUCGCUCUGCUUUCACCACUGCUGCAGACACAUAUUUCUCAACCCUCUCUUCCAUCGAAGUUCGACUCCGCCGGCAAGUCUACGCAUUGGAAGAAGCCAACCUCAUAAGACCAGGCGACGAAAGAGACAGCAGAAGAGGCCGAGCGAUCGGAGGCGAUAGCAGUCUGACCAAAGUUGGAGGGGGUCCUCUAGACCCAAGCUGGUUGAAUGCAAGAGCUAGCGAUAAGGUAGGAGCUGGGAUGAAACGGGAACUCUUGAGUCGAGCACGGGAAUUUGUGGAAAGAGCCGAUCAAGGUACACAAGAUUUGGUCAUCAAGGAUGAUGCCACGCAGGAUCAAGAAAGAGAGAUGGGCUGAAGCUAUAUUGAGCCAUGCCUUCACAUUCCGCCCAGCCUUCAAACUCAAGCGUUAUGUUGUCUCACAGCGAUGGCUUCAGUGGGACUGUGUGGUCUCUUCGACAGCUCAGAUUAUGAAUUUGCAGGCACCAACGUGUUCUCAAAAAGCCAAUGACCACAUUGGGAGCGUGACCACAUUGGGAGCGUGACCGCACUGGGAAUAUCACCACACAAACUAUUCAAUUUAUGUCAACUUGACAUGGUCAAUCAGCAAUAGCUGAUUCAGUUGUGAUAUGGCAUACAUGGGUGCUGAGGUCAUCAGUGCCAACCCUCUCAUCCAAGAUUCCCGCCACACUUUGAUGAACAUGUGAACUGAAGUCAUUGUUCGCUUUCGAUAAGAACGGGGACUCAGGGAGGUUGGACGAUAGAUCAAAGAACUGCACCUGACGGUGUGCCCUACAGUGUGCAAGGGCAAUCCAACACGAGCACAUGUCCCAAGAAUGUGCUAUCAGAGAAGAGAAGAACUUAGAUUAGACCUGGCCUGGAGAGAGACCACCGUCUGAGAGGAACCAGGAUAUCGAACCGGAGAUGGCAGCUAGAGCAAUAAACUCGUCGAUUCCAUGGUUUCUUCCGUCAGCCAACUAAAGUGUCUACCUAUUCACCUAGAUGAAUAUCCUAUCUUAGACAAGAGUAUUCCUGUUAGUCAGAGUGAAGCAAUGUAGAUG